UUUCCUGUAUUUAAUCAGCUAUAGACUGCCUAACUAAAACGAAGAACAAAAAACAAAAAACAAAAAACAGAGUCACUCUGCCAAAGGCUUCAAAGCAAUGAAGCCACCUCCCUCUUCUUCUUCGAUUCUCCGAAAGACUCGGCUUUCUCCUUUUCUAUUCACUCUAUUCGCCUUCAUUGUCUUCGUCACCAUUCUUUAUAGUGAGGAUUUCAGCUGCAUUUUUAGCCAGCUUGAGUAUUCUAGUCUAUCUGCUCCUCUCAAUUCAAUCUCUAGAAUUAAGAAGAACAAGAAGUUGCCAUUUGCCAUUGGAGAGACAGAGGACGGUUGCGACGUGUUCAGUGGUAGGUGGGUUCGUGAUGAUAGCCGUCCACUGUACGAGGAAGCGGAGUGUCCUUACAUACAGCCACAAUUGACUUGCCAAGAACAUGGCCGGCGAGACAAAGAUUAUCGCCAAUGGAGAUGGCAACCUCAUGGCUGCUCUCUUCCAAGUUUCAAUGCGACACUAAUGUUGGAAACCCUUCGUGGGAAGAGGCUGUUAUACGUGGGAGAUUCCUUAAACAGAGGACAAUAUGUUUCGAUGGUUUGUCUUCUCCAUAGACUCAUACCUGAGAAUGCCAAGUCCAUGGAAACUUUUGGUUCCCUCACUGUUUUCACUGCUAAGGAUUACAACGCAACGAUUGAGUUCUACUGGGCACCAUUUCUUCUGGAAUCAAAUUCUGAUGAUGCAGUUGUACAUAGAAUAUCUGAUAGAGUAGUCCGAAAAGGCUCAAUCAAUAAGCACGGAAAGAAUUGGAAAGGCGCUGAUAUAGUCGUUUUCAAUACUUACCUUUGGUGGAUGACUGGCCUGGAAUUCAAGAUUUUGCAAGGGUCUUUUGAAGAUGAAGUGAAGGAUAUUGCAAUGGUAUCGACAGAGGAUGCAUAUCGAAUGGGAAUGAAAAGUAUGCUGAGAUGGGUGAAAAAAAACAUGGAUCCAAAGAAAACCAGAGUCUUUUUCACCAGCAUGUCACCUUCCCAUCAAAAGAGCAUAGACUGGGGAGGAGAACCAAAUAAGAACUGUUACAAUGAAACAAAAAUAAUAGAGGAUCCAAAUUACUGGGGAUCAGAUAGCAGAAAAAGCAUAAUGGAAGUGAUUGGACAAGUGUUUCGUAAAUCAAAGGUGCCUAUUACAUUUCUCAACAUUACACAACUAUCGAGUUAUAGAAAAGAUGCACACACAUCAAUUUACAAGAAGCAAUGGAAUCCAUUAACAGCAGAGCAAUUAGCAAAUCCAGUUAGCUAUGCUGAUUGUGUACAUUGGUGCUUGCCAGGUCUUCAAGAUACCUGGAAUGAGCUUUUAUUCGCCAAACUUUUCUAUCCUUGACCAAACCCAAUUUGGUUCUACUACUAGUAUAGUUACCUAGUAUUUUCUUUCUUCUUUUGGGUGAUUUCCCCCCACAUAAAAUUGGUCAAAAAAGAAGAAAAAGAAGAAAGAUCUCCAUAUAAAUGUAAUGAUUCUGCAAAGAUUGGAAAGAUAAAAUUGUGCAAAGAUGUGAAAACGAAUUAUUGCAAAGAGAAUUAUUUAGCAC